CUCGGGAGCGACUCAGCCGCUCGCUGGCCUCGUCGCCGUCGCUCUGGGCUUCGCGCGCUGGCCGAUGCGGUGGCGCUCGAUGCCAUUUGCGUGUCCAGCCGCCUGACUUCGUAACGGCGCAAAUUAGAUGCGCAACUCAUGCCCUUAAGUUAUGUCAGGUAGCGCUCCUGGUAAUACCGGGCUCGCUUCCGCAGUAGCCGCGAAAGCGCCUUGCAAAGGAGGUCAGUAUCACCCCUGUCUUACAGGUGGGGAAACUGAGGACCAGGGAGAUGAAGGGACUUGCCCAAGGUCACCUACCAGGAUGUCUUCAGGUGCGUUGUUUCCAAGCCUGGUGCCAGGCUCCCGUGGCUCAUCCAGCAAAUAUUUGGUGGAAUUUCGGGCAGGAAAGAUGUCUCUGAAAGGCAGUACUGUAACUCCAGAUAAACGAAAAGGCCUUGUUUACAUCCAGCAAACUGAUGAUUCCCUCAUUCACUUUUGUUGGAAGGACAGGACUUCUGGAAAUGUUGAAGAUGACUUGAUUAUCUUUCCUGAUGACUGUGAAUUUAAGAGGGUACCUCAGUGCACUACUGGUCGUGUGUAUGUGCUGAAGUUCAAGGCAGGAUCAAAGCGACUUUUCUUCUGGAUGCAGGAACCGAAGACUGAUAAAGAUGAGGAGCACUGUCGUAAAGUGAAUGAGUAUCUCAACAAUCCUCCAAUACCUGGUGCUUUGGGUGGGAGUGGAAGUGGCGGCCAUGAGCUCUCAGCAUUAGGAGGUGAGGGUGGCUUGCAAAGUCUUCUUGGAAAUAUGAGCCAUAACCAGCUCAUGCAGCUGAUCGGACCAACGGGCUUAGGAGGACUUGGUGGGCUUGGUGCACUGACAGGGCCUGGCCUGGCUAGCUUACUGGGAAGUGGGGGACCCCCGACCAGCAGCUCAUCGUCAAGUUCUCGCAGCCAAUCAGCUGCUGUAACCCCAUCUUCCACUACUUCCUCUACACGUGUAACACCAGCCCCGUCUGCUCCUGCGGCUGCAUCUGCAUCUGCAACUAGUCCCAGCCCUGCACCAAGUUCAGGCAAUGGAACCAGCACAGCAACAAGCCCAACUCAACCCAUUCAGCUGAGUGACCUUCAGAACAUUUUAGCUACUAUGAAUGUGCCAGCUGGAGCAGGAGGACAGCAAGUUGACUUGGCCAGUGUGCUGACUCCUGAGAUCAUGGCUCCCAUUCUGGCAAAUGCUGAAGUUCAAGAGCGGUUGCUGCCUUAUCUUCCAUCUGGGGAAUCACUGCCGCAGACAGCAGAAGAGAUUCAGAACACUCUGACAUCUCCCCAGUUUCAGCAGGCAUUGAGCAUGUUCAGUGCUGCUUUAGCUUCAGGACAACUUGGUCCACUAAUGAGUCAGUUUGGCUUACCAGCUGAGGCAGUAGAUGCAGCAAAUAAAGGUGAUGUAGAAGCAUUUGCUAAAGCAAUGCAGAACAAUGUCAAGUCAGACCAAAAGGAGGGAGAAUCAAAGGAAAAGAAAGAUGAAGAGGAAGAUAUGAGUUUAGAUUAAAUUAUCUGCUCUCCCUUAUGAAUAGUCCUAAGACAUUAAUUUAAGCAACUUCAGUAGGAUUACUAGCUAACUUCAUAUUAUCCUUACACUAAAUCUACAAAUAAAGGAUUUUUAUCUGCCAAA